AUGUGUACCACAAACUCCACCAACCAACCCCCCUCGUCCCCCCACCUCCCCCCUCUUGCUCCCCUAACCGCCCUCACCCCCACCACAACCCGCAUCAUCGCCCCCAACCCCGGCCCAUUCACUCUCCAAGGCUCCAACACCUAUCUCCUCCGCCACCCUUCCUCCCCACACACCGCAACCCUAAUCGACACGGGCGCCGCCGGCGACGUUGCGCGGAAGUGGGUAGAGAUGGUUAAGAAUGUUGUCAGGGAGUGGCGGGUCGGCGAGUUGGGCAUUGUGUUGACCCAUUGGCAUGCUGAUCACGUCGGGGGAGUGGACGAGCUUACCAAAAUGGCAAAAGAAGAAAACAUCACCAUGACAUUCCACAAAUACCACACCCCUGACCCGAAAUCAUCCAUCAACAGCUUGGAAGGCACGCAGUUCAUACCCCUCCACGACGGCGACAGAUUAGCCCACCUCGACAUUAUCACCACCCCCGGCCAUACAAGCGAUCACAUCUGCCUCUACGACCCGCACACCCACACGCUUUUCUCCGGCGACUGUAUCCUCGGGCACGGCUCCACCGUCUUUGAGAACCUGACGACUUAUAUCGCCUCCCUACGUAAACUCCUCUCGUUCUUGCCCGUCGAUACACAAACAGUGUUAUACCCAGGCCACGGGGACGUCCUACCCGACGCCCGGGCCGCGAUAGAGGGGUAUAUACGGCAUCGGAUGGAGAGGGAGGCGCAGAUUGUGGGCAUACUGCGAGAGCGGGAGGGGGUGGCGGGUGUGGAUGAGAUCGUGAAGGUGUUGUAUCCGGAUAUGCCCGAAGGGGAGGCGAGGUUGCGGGGGGCGGCGAGGCGGGGGUUGGGGUUGCAUUUGGGGAAGUUGAGGGAUGAGGGGAGGGUUGUUUGUCGGGGGGUGGGGGGAGGGGAGGUUUGGGAGAUUGUUGAUAGGGGGAGUGUGUGA